AGGGAGGUGACAGAGGGAGUUUAAAAGGAUCGGCAAGUGUGAGAACACGCUUGUGGCAAAUAAAUCUGUUAGUUGAAGUUUUCAGUGACACGGAUUCUGGACCCACAGCGGGAAUAAUGAUGUUCUGCAGAGUGGCUUGGCAAAGACUUGCGCCUCUGGCACACAAAACACUCAAUCCUUUCAGCAAUGCUGUGUUCCCUACGCGACAGAUGUCCUUUGGUCUACCUGUGUCCGGCACAAACAUAGCUUACAUGGUACUUGGUGGCAGCUCGCUUACUGCUGCUCUUGUUUAUGCUUAUAAGACAAUAAACUCUGACAGUGCAAGAUAUAAUGAAAGAAUUGCUCAACUCGAGGCCAGACCUAAAAGUGAGGAGGGAGCAGUGGCCGAGGUGGCCUCAGUAGCAGAAGCAGCUGAACUUGCCACAGUUGUUGAGGCCACAGCAGCACAACCCGUCACUGAGGUUGUUAAAGCAGAGGCUGAACAGACCCCAGAACCUGUGGAUGCAACACUGGAAGUUGGGGCAGCAACUACCAUUGUAGAGGCAGUAGCAGCUGAUGCUGAGGAACCUACUGCACCUGUUGUUGAGGAUGUUGCUGCUGAGGCUGCUUCUCCCAGUGCCGAGACAACCGGUGCGGCGUCUUCUGCUGAGGAAGCAGUCUGAAUCCCCAGCAGUCUAGAUAUGUGAUUCUUCCCAACCCACCUCGGAACGCUGCAUUAACUUUUAGAGACUCCCAUUUGUGUGCUCCUUUUAACUGAUUGACUGUGUCCUCUGCACAAAAAAGAAGUGUCCCUUCUGAACUCCACAGGGUGCUAAUCAAGGAGGAGGAGAGGUUGAGGAAGUCCAAAA